CAGAAUGGAGGCGGGUUCAGGCGCGGCUCGGAGCGGGGCAGAUCGGCAGCUGCAGCUGCUGAGCCCCUGCGACCCUGGGCGGAGCUCCGCGAUCCAAAUGUCCGGCUCCCGGAGCGAGGUGGGCGGGCGGCUCGGGACCACCGCCAGGGCUGGCAUGGAGCGGUGGCGGGACCGGCUGGCAUUGGUGACAGGAGCUUCGGGGGGCAUCGGCGCGGCUGUGGCCCGGGCCCUGGUCCAGCAGGGACUGAAGGUAGUGGGUUGUGCCCGCACCGUGGGCAACAUCGAGGAGCUGGCUGCCGAAUGUAAGAGUGCAGGCUACCCCGGGACUUUGAUCCCCCACAGAUGUGACCUGUCCAGCGAGGAGGAUAUCCUCUCCAUGUUCUCGGCCGUCCGAUCUCAGCAUAGCGGUGUGGACAUCUGCAUCAACAAUGCUGGCUUGGCCCGGCCUGACACCCUGCUCUCAGGCAGUACCAGCGGCUGGAAGGACAUGUUCAGUGUGAACGUGCUGGCCCUCAGCAUCUGCACGCGGGAGGCCUACCGGUCCAUGAAGGAACGCAAGGUGGAUGACGGGCAUAUCAUUAACAUCAACAGCAUGUCUGGUCACCAAGUGUCACCCCACUCCGUGAUCCAUUUCUAUAGUGCUACCAAGUACGCUGUCACCGCACUGACAGAGGGACUGAGGCAAGAGCUUCGGGAGGCCCAGACCCACAUCCGAGCCACGUGCAUCUCUCCAGAAGUGGUGGAGACACAAUUCGCCUUCAAGCUCCACGACAAGGACCCUGAGAAGGCAGCUGCCACCUAUGAAUGCAUAAAGUGUCUCAAGCCUGAGGAUGUGGCCGAGGCUGUCAUCUAUGUCCUCAGCACCCCUCCACAUGUCCAGAUUGGAGAUAUCCAGAUGAGGCCCACGGAGCAGGUGAUCUAGUUUCCUGUGGGGAGCUCGGCCUUCCCUCCCCGCCCCUCGCGGCUUGGCUCCUGCCUCUGGAUUUUAGGUGUUGAUUUCUGGACUCCUGGAUUCCGCUUCCUCUCCCCACCCCACCAGGGGCUAAAAAAUUUGUUUGAAGUUUUUAUAUCUUAUCAAAUCGUUUCUAUCACAAAUAGGAACAGUGGGCUGGGAAGAGGAGGUGGUGUCCCUGAUUAUUUUACCUGUUAACUCAUUCUCGGUCCCCUUCUUGGGCUCCUUGGCCUUUGUUUGCUCUCUUCCGUCUCUUCCUUUUGACCUGGGGAAGGGACUGUGGCCAAAAGGGGGGCUCCCCCUGUCCCUCAGGAAGGAGGUGGCAGAGAGAAGCCCUCACCUUCCAUCUGAAUGGUAAUCCAAGGCUCCAGGCUUCCUCCUCUCCCUGCCCUACUGCCCCAUCGCCCCUUCACUUCCCCCAUCCCAGUUCUCCAGCCCAGUCUUGGCUUCUCGGCUCCCACGGGGGUCAUCACUCCACUGACUAUGGCAGCUGAAUACCAGGGCCUGCCUCCCAAGUGGAUUUCACUUUGAUAAUUAAAAAAGAAAAAUUGCAACAAC